AUGGCGGUUGGAAUCGACAUGGGACCAUCGCGAGCUGCAGCCAUGGACGGUGCUAACGAGUCCUCUUCCUCCCACGAUCUUAGCCAUUAUGCUCCACCGGAACUUCAUCAAUGCUGUUUUUACCACAUUGCCGAAAUGGCUGAAAUCGUUCGUAAACGUUCUAUACAUAUUCGUGAUGCUAGAAUAGCUGGCUUGUAUGAUUUGGAACAUACAAUCGGACAAGGUCAUUUUGCUGUUGUGAAACUCGCUCGACAUGUUUUUACUGGAGAGCGGGUAGCCGUCAAAAUCAUUGACAAGUCGAAUCUCGAUGCUGAAGCAACGGGACAUGUUAUGCAGGAGGUGCGUUGUAUGAAGUUGGUCCAGCACGCAAACAUCGUUCGUCUAUAUGAGGUGAUCGACACAAAUACGAAGUUAUUCCUCAUUCUCGAGCUGGGUGACUAUGACAUGCACGAUUUCAUCAUAAAACACGAAAAUGGGGUGGCUGAGCCUUUAGCCCAGCAGUACUUCUGCCAAAUUAUAACAGCCAUUGAUUACUGUCAUAGGCUUCAUGUAGUCCAUCGUGAUUUGAAGCCAGAGAACGUGGUAUUUUUCGAGAAGCUUGGCAUGGUUAAAUUGACGGAUUUCGGAUUCUCGAAUCUCUUCGAGCCUGGUCAACAGCUGCGUACUUCUUGUGGAUCUUUAGCAUAUUCAGCUCCUGAAAUCCUCCUUGGCGAUGCUUAUGAUGCUCCAGCCGUUGACGUUUGGUCUUUGGGAGUAAUUCUGUUCAUGCUAGUUUGUGGAAGGCUGCCUUUCCAAGAAGCGAAUGAUUCAGAAACUCUCACCAAGAUCCUCGACUGUCGAUAUACGACUCCCGAACAUCUUUCCAACGCAUGUAAAAACUUAAUCCAACGUAUGUUAGUGCGUGAUCCGUCAAAAAGAGCGGGACUAGCUGAAAUCGUUGCGAAUCCUUGGGUCAUUGCGGGAGAUCGGGGCCAUGCUGCCGCGUUACCACUGAUAGUGAAGCACCAUCUACCUCAUUCCGCUCAUACAACCAUUAUUGAACAGAUGGUGGCCGGCGGUGUCGGAACUGAGGAUGCUAUAUUAAAGGCUCUUGAAAACGACGACUACAACUCGAUGACGGCGACGUAUUAUCUUCUCGCCGAACGUAUUUUGGCUAGUUGCAGAGAAGAGCAAGCUAAAGAGUUAAUGGCAAAAACAGGUCGUGCUGUUCCCGAAGAGGAGCCAUUGGAGAACGAAUCACGAACUCCAAAUGCUGCCAUUCCAAGUGGAUCUCGUUGCCGAAGUAGGUCAAAUUCGUGGCGUGCUCGUCCUUGUUCUAUACUCAAGGAGGAAAGUGAAGAGGAACUUUCAACCUAUAUGCGUUCGAGCCGUCACAGUAGUCGAAGCUUUUCCAAUGAUAUCAUUUCAACACCCCUUCGUGCUAGCAGAGUGGGAUUGUAUUCAAGGCAGUCGUCUGCGGAUGACGAAACUACCGACCAGCUUCGCUCCACAUUGUCUGCGAGGGUGCUUUCGCAGUUUGAAGAUCUCUCUCCUAUAGCCGAAUAUUGCGCGUUCGUGUCUAAGCUCAGCUACAGUGACUCAGAAAACAGUCCCUCUGAACUUGUAAUUGCUCAACGGAGAGCCAAAUUCGCCCGAACGCGUUCCUCAACAGCGAGACCGUCUCAAAGCACUGUGCGCUCUAUGUUUUCGAAGUCCGAAGAAGGAAUGUCGGGAGUACAGCCGAGACGUCGUCAACAAAAUUUCUCAGAUCGCUUGGAUCUUGCUCGCAGGAACUCUUCUCCUUCUAUCUCAAUGUUCAGUGGAGCUCGUGACCGUGUUAGUCCGCAAGCAGUUCAAGACCUUCUAGAACUCUGUCGCUUAGGAAGUGGCCGACGAGCUGCAAGCCCAGAGAGUAUGCGAAGUAGUAGGUCACCAUCUCCACCCACCAGUAGUGGGCGUACUUCACCGGCGAUGUCAUCCUUGUCCUCUCUGUCUCGUCUCAAAGUUUCGUCCUCUUCGGUUGGCAUGCGGAAACUUUCUUCUUCUCCUCAUCUCCUUGGGAUAUGUGAGGAAGGAGAAGAUGUCGAGACGAAUACCACGCUUCUCACCACUUCUCGACCGAGUGGCGCUCGAGCGAAUAGGUCAGCAUCUACCGGAGUUGUUCACAUCAGGCACGGAUCUGUUCAAGCAACGAAAAGCACCGGACCACAUCCCCAACCAACAACAUAUAGUUCUGUUCGCAUGAUUCGACCUCGUCAUGCGGUUGUAUCACCGGAUGUUUGCAGGCGUUAUGACCAACAUCAACGACUCAUUGCGCGUAGCCGGCGUAGCACAAGCUGCUCGUCGUCUGAAGCCUCAGACGAUGAAGAAGGAAAACGAAUGUCGGUACUCGUUUCAAAGUACUGCGGAAGGAAACGCGACGGUGACAACGAUGAUGACGACAAAACCGGCGGCGAUGGCGGCGUAGGUGGAGGAUCAAGAAGCGAGAAUGACCAGUCUGGGCCAAGCGCAUCAAAUUCCAAACCAAAUUCGCACUCAAGUGGAGAAUCCAUGCAUGAACGAAGAUCUGGUGGUGCAGCCGAGGGUUGUCUGAGUGCAGGGCAGCAACAUCUGUUUCCCAUACCAGAAAUGACUCAUUUGGAUAGUGAUAGAAGAGAAUGUCUUCGAGCGAAACUUCUGCAUCGGUCACACACGGCCGAACGGAUCGCUCGAGAUUGUGCUUCGCUUUUUACGCGGAACUACGCCCGUGAGAUCUCUUGCUUCGGUACCCCUCCCCGCGAUGUAGCCCUUUUUUCAUCUGAAUUGAAUCAAUGUGAGACCGACUGCUGGAUUCGUACCUUGAAGCGGACCCGAUCCGAUGAAAGAAUACGACUGACAGAAUUUACGGACGGUGAGAGCAUGGGUGACUCAGUCUUUGAUGCUCCUAUUGAAUCCAUUGAUUCAUCAAGAGGUGAAGAGGAGCGCGGUAGCGAUUCUGGCUGUUCCAGUGAAAAGGUGCCGAAAAAUACGGCGAAAAAAGACAUAGUUAAGAACAAUGACAUGAAAUCGCUACCACCACUCGAUCCACUUCUUCUGUAUGAUCAACCACGUUGUGAAAAAGUGAAUUGUUGGCUUAGAUCCGCACAUUUCAUCUAA